UGUAUAAUACACUGUACACGAUGUCAAUUUUGAUAAAUGAGAUAAUAACAUGUAUUUUUAGUGGGUGUGGUGUCUUAGCAACACGUUGGGUCAAUGACUGAAAUUUUAUUAUAUAAUGUAUACACGCGAUAACAUGAUAUAGUGGCCUGGUACCCUCGUCGUUCUUGUUCCGUCAGUUUUAUUACAAAGAUACACAUUUCUCGUGAAAGUGGCGUCACUGUCGUAGACAACGGCACUGAAGUGAAAAUGUCUAACUCUGAGCUGCAGCACAAAGAAUCGAAACAGACUAAUAAUAACAACAGCAGUAAUAAUAAUAAAAAUAAUAAUGUUAAACCACAGCAGCAGCAACAGCAAGAAAGGAGAAAGAAUAAAAAGAUAGAUAAGGUGCAAUGUGACGGAAGAUUGAAAAUUAUAAUAAACAGAGAAAAUGAAUUGAGAGCCAGAUGGCCAGAACGAUGGGGGUUUUAUUCGAAAAAUAACGUGGAAAGAAUGUGGAGCGAAAAUGCUGUCAAUUUGGGACUACCAGAAAACUUUAUUGAUCUCAGAAGACAGAAACUACGUAAACAAGAUAUAAUUCAACCGUUGAUCGAAGCAGUACCAUCACCAAUGUGCGUCCCAAUAACAUCGUCAGGUUUUGUAGGAUGGCGUUCUGCACAAAAAAUUUGCAAUUUAGAAAUGUUUGGCAGGGCUAUUGAUUAUAAUAGACUAGAUACUCGGAUGUUAAAAUCAGACGAUGAGCCAGAUCAAAAACAACAGAGAUUUAUAAUUCUAGGAUAAAUAAUUUAUGUUUGUAAAAAUGAAGGUCAAGUAAUUAUUUAUAAACAUCUACGACAGUUGUUCAAUUUUCUCUUAAUGGACCUGGACUCACUUCAUUGUAACCAGUUUUUUGAUUUAAAAAGUAUAAAAACAUCAAGUGUUAAACGGACAAAACUUAAAUAGGUUUUAGUGUGCAAACAUAACACGCUAAGAUAGUAAUUAGAAUUUUAUAUUGUAGAUUAUUUUUUACUAUAUAUUUAAAUUUUAAAAAAAUUGUAAGCAUAUUCAUACCGUGUAAGUAAAUGUUUGUGAUAAUAUGUAGUAUGUUCAAUCAAAAAAAAUCUAUUAAUUUACACUUAUAAUUUUGGUAAGGUAUUGGGGAAAUAUUUAUUUUACAAACAAUGUUAAAUUAUUUGUU